AUGCACGCUUCGACACCGCAGCCGCAGACUUCCUCCCCAUCUUCCACCGAUGGGGACGCGAACGAUGACGAAGCAUCACGCAUCUUUCACCAUUUCGCUUCUGGCCAAGGCGAAGAAUUACUCACGUGCGCAGAGUGGAAACCGGUGAAUAAGUGGGAUGGCUUAGCAAAGAGCUUCUGCCAGCGUCUCAGGAAGAAACCCACUCUUGCUGAAAUCUGCGAACAAGCAGCCGCCGAUCUGAUUCCGAAAUUGACGGCGCUCUACGUGCGGCCUGGCCCGAAUCCCGUUCCGGAGGUUGUACGACAGCUGAGCCUGUACGUGCUACAUCCGUUAAUUCCAAGAGGUAAAACGGCAGCUCCGACGGAGGCACUGGGGCGCGUCGUUUCAUCCAUUGGAGCUUCAGACGUCUCUCGAUUUCAGGCGUCCCUCUCUACCCAGUCGUGUAGCGUAAAGAGAACCCUGCAGACCCUUGGCGAACGAGCCAACAAAGAUACCCGGAAGUCGCGCAAGGAUACAAUAAAAUCGACCGAAGCCCGUGAGGCGAUCGCGUCCCGCUACCUCGUUCUACUGGAGCAAGUCCCUGCCCCAGAUCCGGUGUACGCCGGGUUGGUUGUUGCCUUGGUCAACUUGAAGCCAUGCUUGACGCGCAGGCGCCGCAAUGCAAAAUAUCACAUUCCCGCGGGGAACAAAAGCAUCGAACUGAAGCACCGAGAUGCAGUAGUCCAAGCCUUCGCUGGGGCGUUUCUGACUGCCUUCUACCCCCCUCAAGAGCACUGCAACGGAUAUACUCUCUCACACAACUGUGCCGUCCUAAAAGGUUUUCUGCAAGCUCGCCGCGCCCUCGAUUCUGUUGCUGAGUCUGUCAUCCAGCAGGCAAAGUACAACUCUCAAAGCCAGGUUGACGCUGUCCAAGCUGAUAUGAAUACAGCAGCAGGAUCUGAGGCUGAUGCCGAGCUGGAGGACGUUCUGCUACAGAGCAAAUUGUCAAUCUACUUCACCGUUCGUGUUGCCGCAGCAGCUUCGGGGAACUCCGGAGCGAUCCUUGGAUUUUUCGGACGAUCUAAAGUCUUGGCCAAGCUGAUUGCAAAGGUGGCUCUGAAGAUGAAGUCGCUCAUAACUCAGAUUUUCGGAGACGGGCCCGCGAGCGUUGCUUCCUCAGAAGCGGAAGUUGGCACCACGAGGGCACUUCGCGAAGUCUACAUUGCCAGCACCUCAGCCGCUGUGACUUGCGUGACGUCGCGUAUUGGCUUGGCUAACGUGACUGCCAACGUUCUUGUCAAGUUGGUGAAAGCAGCGGCAGAAGCUGCGGCAAAGUCGAGGGCAAACUCGACCAGUUUCCUUGACAUCGCUGCAUCGCCUGCCGGAGACAGUCCAUCCACAGAGCUCAGCGCUCGACAGGGGGAGCCCCUAGCUAUCGAACCGCAUCAACCCGCCGAUGCCGGCAGAACCGGAGCUCUGAUGCCGAUCAGGCUCAUCUCCUUUGCCCAGAAACGGACCAAAAGCAAGAACAAGUCGUGGGAUCGAUGGAAGCCAGGUUUAGUCGGCGGCGCCUUCGUGUUGCUUGCCAUCGCUAUCGGGACUGGAGCUGCCUACAGCUUUUUGUGGGCGGCGCCUUGGGCGAUCGCCCUUGUCGUUGUCGGUAUCUUCUCCUUUCUGGUGGCUACGGUCCUUAUUAUAUUGUUGUCGGAGAAAGCUAUUCUCCGUAAGUGGUUCAAGAGAGGCGCUCGUGCUGCGAAGAAAGCAGAGGAGGAAGUGGCGAAGGCCUUGGAGAGAAGAAGGAUGGCGGAAGCCAGAAUGAAACGAAACCUUGAACGGAACACAUUUCACUCCCAUGAUCCAGUCCAGACCCGAAGUCCGUGGGGGACGCCAGGCGCACCCGCGGGAGCCCCUCAACCUCCGCUGCUGCCUCCUUCAUCACCGCAACCUAGGCCGGCCGAUGCGUUCGACAAGACACUUCACUCUCCACCCAUCUACCCGCCUCCUAUUUAUGUCAACCGGGAUUACAACCAGUAG